AUGACACAUUGUAGCCAGUUAGUUAUUCCUGCUCUACAGGGGACGAAGCUUUUUGUGGAAGACUGUCCAAAGUAUCGUACUGAGAUGGAGGACAUGACUAGAGUUCCUUAUGCAAGUGUUGUUGGUAUCCUAAUGUAUGCUAUGGUUUGUACAAGGCCAGACAUUGUACAAGCAGUGGGAGUCCUUAGUUGGUUUAUGAAUAAUCCUAGAUGGGUGCAUUGGGAUGCAGUGAAGAGAGUGUUCAAAUAUCUGCGGGGUGACAUUGACAGCAGAAGAUCCAUUGGUGGAUAUGUGUUCACGAUUUUUGGUGGUGCAGUAAGUUGGAUGAGUAAGCAACAAGUUGUAGUCGCUUUAUCCACAACUGAAGUAGAGUCCAUGGCAGCUACUCAUGCUUGCAAAUAA